UGCCCGUUGGAUCACGGCACAGAGUGUAAUGUGCACGGUGCUAGAUCUGAUCAUUUUUACGAGAGAUUUAUUUUCAAUCAGGUGCGUUGGAACUGUUCCUCCUUCCGAUCUUUGACAGGAGUUUAGUGUCUGUGGACUAUAAUAUCGGAUCAGCCGUUUAACCAGGAAGCUGAGAGGAGAUCGGCCAUGGCAUAUCUAGAAACAGUUUAUUUAGAGAGGGAGCUGAUGUUUAAGAACAAUGCUGAGCCAACCACGGUUAAGUAUCAACUUGGAAACUGCCAACUCGGUGUCUACUCUGACCAUGUCAGGAUAGAUAUCAUGGAAGGCAACAAUGCUUAUUACCACUACAUCACAUCCGUCACAGUUGGCCAAUAUGAAAGCAUUUUGUGUGUCGAAAGUCAGAAUGGCAACACAUUCCUCAUGUUCGAAGACAGAGCCGAUCGCGAUGAAUGGUAUUCUACAAUAAAACAGCUUCAGCUUGGUAAGGUACCUAGCUUUCCUACCAAACGUGAAUCGCUACCGGCUCGUCUUAAUGAUGAUACCACGACCAGGCCAAUAGACAGGUCACAGGCAUCAGUAUCAUCACCAUCUACUCUUCAACAAAUCUUUAAAGAACAGCUCGAAAAGGAUAUAAAGCUGAAGAAACCAGAACGGAAGAAAGGAUCAGGAUCCUAUAUUAAUAUGGACUAUAACAGAGCCCUACAGAAUUCCAAGGAAUCAUAUAACAUGUUUAAUGCGUUACAUGGGCAGCAGAAUGCAGCAGUAGAGGAUGAUGUUUACGAGGAUGUGCCCGAGGAAGAUUAUCCUCCUGAUGGCCUCAUCGAAGAGGAUGUAUACGAAGACAUGGAGGGCGACUCAAACGCGAUAGAGGAAGGCAUUUAUGACGAUCUCGAGAAAGGAGAUGAUUUUUACGAGGACAAUGCUGUACCUGGACCGCCCGGAGCAUCGGGAUGGAGCUCCGAAGCGGGGCCCCCACCACCACCCUUACCGCCAAGACCAAUGCCACCACAGAUGGUUGCUGAGGAGGACGAUUUCUACGAAAUGCCAGAAUCUGAUGUUCCUCCACCGAUACCUGCUCGACCUCCGGCAGCCAGCAACACCAAUCACCUCGACCAAAAGAAAACAGGGAAGCAGUCAGGAAAGAUGUUUUCACGUCAAUCAAAGAAACAACCAAAACAAAAACAGAACGAAACCCCAACCAAGAUACCAAGCAUACCUACAGAUGGUGAUGGGAAUGUAUCGAAGGCCCAGUCAACUGUUGGUCAAAGUUUAGCAGAUGAACUUUCCAUGAAGUUAAGAGAUCGAGCAGCGACUCUACCAAACAUACCACAUUCACCAAACCAAAUCCCACAAAGCAGUAGCAAGAAGCCGGUAAAUUUGCCGAAUGAUUUUGAAAAGAUGCAGCUGAGAAGUCCAACAGACAGACACGGUAAUAACCCAAGGCCAAGCAGCAGUGAGAUCUCGGAUGAACUAGCAAGAAAGCUCGCAAAGAGGAGCAGUACCAUCUCGUCCGACUCUGCAGGUUCGGGUUUGAAUGGACAGACAUCGCGCGAACAAACGUGUAAUGCAAACGACAACCGCAGAGGAUCGGUGUCAUCUGUUGAACAGCACGUAGAACCUACAAGUCCUCCGUGGAAGCAGCAUCGGGAUCAAACCAGUCAACCUCCUAAGACUCUACCAAAAAAGAAGGCCAUCGUUCCCCCGCCGACUCUCUCAAGGCCCGAUAAACCUCAACCAAAGUUACCAGUUAAUGAUCAGGUGAAGACACUUAAAAGCCCGCCACCAACGCCAGCAAAGAAACCAGUUAAGCCACCAACAAGUGAUGAAAUAUAUGAGGAUAAUGUAGUUGUGUCACCGGUUGUACAGCCGAAGCCAAAACGGAAACCAAGCUUGCCAAGUCCGGUUGGUGGCGGUGGCGAGUUAGAUGUUCGGAUUCCUCUUCAUGCGAUACAGGGUCAGAUGGCCGGAUCGGUUAUUUUCAAAGAUGAGUCCGAUAAUGUGGUGAUUGAAAGAAGUAAUUUACCAGAUUACUUGCACGUUGGAGACCAAGUCUUAAAGAUUGGAGACAUUGAUGUUCGCAACUCCUCUGCCAUGUUUGUGACAGAAUGCUGGAAGAGGGUCAGCGAGAGCCAGGUCCGGGUGAGGAUUUUACGAUAGUGGUCCGGAAUAUAUAAGACCAGCCAUCAUGCAGCUCUUUACAGGCAGUACUGAAGAAGUAUAUCUUCAAUCAAACAAUCUUCUCUCUUCCUCCCCCGACCCCUCUUUCUCCCUCUCCCUCCCCUCUCUCCCUCUCUUCUCUCUCUCGUAUUCAUCGAUAUAAUAUAUCAUAAAAAGAAUCGAUAAAUGAUAUCUGUCUCUUUAUCUCUCUAUCUGGCUAUCUACCGUCUGCCUUUCCAAAUUAUCUAUCCUUCUAUCCAUCUAUCUUUUUUCUGUCUCCCCAUUUCUUCCUUCUUUCCUCUCUCUCUUCAUAUCUUGUCUCUAUGCACCGUUCGAGUAUUUAAUGAACGAAGUUGUAUUCAUUUUACUUGUAUAUUGUUUAAUUCAAAUGUGCAUUCUGUUAACUUCAAGUUUUUAAGCAGGCAUUAAGGUAUUUUGUUUAAAUGGUAAUAUAACCUUUCAAAUCUGUUAUACUGGAGUUCACCAUAUUCUUAUUUUUGGUUUUCUUUUAGGUAAAACAUUAUGAUACGCUCUCCAUCAAUAUAUUCUGUUCCUUUCUAGAAACUGUAAAUUUGUGAAUUUGACAACAAACGUAAUUUCUCAUUCAUCUUUGUAUCAUAUUUUUGUUGCUGGUGUACAGACACCAAAUUUAUGGCAAUGGGAUAAAGGGGUGUAUAAUAAUGCUUUAAUUUAUUGAGGAAACUCUUGCCAGUUUGCACUUGGAAAAGUAUUUGCCAUGAUGUAUGAAUUAUAAAAUCACUAAUGAUUUAUAUUCAGAUAUUAUCAGUGUAAUGUGAUAAAACUGGUUUUAUCAAAGCAGUUUUAUCUUAUUCUCUAGUUGCUUUAUGUCUAAAUGCUCUUAUCAAGGUACUUUGAAGUUCUUUGUACUUUUCUUUGGAGUCGGUAAAUUUAGGACCACACUUUUUAUUUAGCCAAACCUUGCCAUAGCCUAGUUUGCUACACUUCUUGUUAAGAUAAAUAAGUCGCAUACUAUAUUGGGCAUAAUAAUCGAAUUAAGUAAAUAUAGUUGGAAAGAAAAUUAUACAAAGGCCUAUGAUUUAGAUGUCCAAAAGUCUACUGUUUUCAAGUAAUCGCUAUAAUCAUAGCAGAUUGUUCUAUUUUUUUUAAUAAACAUACAAUUCUUAUGUACUGAAUUUACUGAACCCAGAAAUGUCUCUUUAUUGAUACAAUAUAUCGCUACACAAAUUUUUCGGAUGGUUUAUAUGAAAAUGUAUACACAGCUUUAUCACAAACAUUCUUAACCAUGUUGCGCCGUUUCUUGUUUUGUAUUAUGCCUAUAUUGGUCUAUCUAAUUAUGAUUUAAGAAAUUAUCCAAAGUAAAUUAAUGUUUUAUGAAAACUAUGAUAGAUUUAUACAAAUUGAAAUGAUGGAAAAAUGUUUUAUUGUAUACUCCUUCAUCAAUGGAGGUAUACGACGUAUGGUUUCUUUAUCAUUCUUCUAAUCAUCAUAGAAUCAACAUUGACGCGCUGUAUUAGUCUUUAUAUAUUAUUUAGGCCAUUUGUCGUUUCUCAGCUGAGAUGAUUUCAUAGAGUAAUAGAGUAUAUAUAGUUUAUGUAACUGUAUCAUAUCUGAUCCAUGAUAAAGUGACAAUAAUCUUGCUUUUACAGACUUUCUCCUGGAAAACAGUGUUUACUUCAACUACUUUCAUUUAUCUUUCAGGGAGAGGCAUUUCCUAUGCAAUAUUACGAAUGACACUUACACGGGCUCUUUAUAAUGGGUACAUUGGUGAAUAAGAUGCAAGUUUAAAAUCCAAUAUGAACACACAUAACAUACAGUUUAAAUCGUUUUCAAAAGUGUAUCAUACUAACAAUCAGCAGUGGUUUCCAGCAAUAUGAAAAAAAAUGUAUAUUAUAUCAUGAACAUUUGAAUAUUUUCCUAUCAAAGGAAUGAAAGGACAAAGGGUUAUUGUAGUUUAAAGCUAAACUAAUGAAGUAUAAUAGUAUAUUGUGUGAGAAUGGCUUAUAUAUAUUGUAUAUAAGAGCUUUAUAUUGUUUUGCAUAUUUUAUACAAGAAAACAAACGAAAUCUCUUUGACAUAUUUAAUGUGAUUAAGAGUAUCGCGAGCCUAUGAACUCGAACGCUUAUAUUAAACCAGAACGUGAUAUCAAAAACUCUACAAAUAGAGACUUAAAACAUUUUAUACUUUGUUAUGUUAUCAUUUAAUAGCAUCUUUUGUUCAUCUAAGAUUUUGUAUGAGUUUACAUUUGGCAGCAAUAAAAACAUGUAAUUAAACAUGUACAAAUAAAGAGAGAA